AUGGGGAAGAAGAAAUCGGGACCAUCGAAAGUAUCGACGUCAACAACACCGCAAGAAAGAAAAGUCGCAUUCAAGGCGUUAAAAAAUGAGGUCACGACACAUAAAAAAAAUGGUGGCAUGCACCCAUCGCCUUCGAUAAACACGUUGCACCGAUUGGAACGAGAAGGAAUUGUCAUCUGGAAGUCUCCCAUCACAACCAUUUAUUAUGCUUUUCUUGAAUCAUGUCAUAUGCUAGUCGAAUUUCUGCAAGCACUUGCCCGUCGAAAGCUGCUGCUUUUUCUGCUUUCCGUUGCCACUGCCGCCUUGUACUACUUUUAUUUGACACCUGGUUCUCAUCAACCCUAUUUUCAAUUUAUCGAAAAGAAAAUCGUUUGGUGGUCUUGGUGGGUUUUCCUCGGUAUUCUUUCCUCGAUUGGAUUUGGUUCUGGACUGCACACAUUUUUGUUAUAUUUAGGACCUCAUAUAGCCAGUGUGACUCUUGCUGCUUAUGAAUGUGGAUCACUCAAUUUUCCAGAGCCACCAUAUCCAGAAGACAUUGUCUGUCCAGACAAUGGAAGAGGGACAGCGGAAAUUACACUUUGGUCGAUUAUAUCAAAGGUUCGCAUCGAAUCGCUACUUUGGGGUGCAGGUACAGCAUUGGGAGAGCUGCCUCCAUACUUUAUGGCCCGGGCUGCACGUUUGAGCGGAGAGGAACCCGAUGAUGAGGAAUAUAAAGAGUUCAUGGCUCUAAUGAACAAAGGAUCGAACAAUCAGGAAUUGAGUAUUUGGGAUCGCUGGAAGAAACGCAUCGAAUUGACGGUGGCUAGCGUUGGUUUUCCUGGAAUUCUUCUCUUUGCCUCGAUACCCAAUCCACUUUUUGAUUUGGCUGGAAUUACAUGUGGGCAUUUCCUGGUUCCCUUCUGGUCGUUUUUUGGAGCAACGCUCAUAGGCAAAGCUAUUGUUAAAAUGCACUUGCAGAUGGUGACCGUCAUUUUUGCCUUUUCUCAGCACCAUGUAGACCACGCCUUGAAAAUCAUUCAACAAGUUCCUUACGUUGGAGUUAAGAUACAUGAACCUUUCAAAGAUUUUCUGGCGAAACAACGUCUAGCUUUGCAUAGGAAACCAGGAAGCCAGCACGAAGUUCAGGACUCCUCCAGUUGGGUACAAACAGGACUUCAAACGCUCAUUACGGGAAUGAUAUUAAUGUUUUGUUUGUCUUUGCUCAACUCAUUGGCUCAAAAUUAUCACAAAAGGAUUCAUUCUCGUGUU